UUUAUCUGACGUCAUAACAACAUCCAGAGAAGGACCGUGGGGGCGAUGCAUUUGUUACUCCUGCACACGGAAGACGGACCCGACUCUCCGGUGUUACGUCAAAUAAACAGCCAAUGAGAACGGUUGCAGUCCUCGGUGGGGGGAUCGGGGGUCUGGCAGCGUCGUACUACCUCAGCAAGAGCCCCCAGGUUACCAAGGUCAUUCUUUUGGAGUCCAGCGGUCGGUUCGGGGGUUGGCUGUGGUCCACCAGGAGGUCUGACGGAGCCGUGUUUGAACAUGGACCCAGAGGGAUCAGACCUGCGGGGGCGGUGGGAAAAAACACACUCAACAUGGUGACUGGUCUCUCAGGUGAGAUUCUACCUGUCACUACAGCCACGUCCUCAAAGAACAUUCUGUACGUCAACGAACAGCUGCACAGGAUGCCUUCAGGACCCAGUGGCCUCCUGCGGACCGCGCCCCCCUUCUCUCGCCCCCUCGUCCUGAGCGGGAUGCGGGACAUCCUGUCGAGGAGAGGGAAGCAGGAGGACGAGACGAUCCACUCGUUUGUUUCCAGGAGGCUGGGAGGAGAGCUGGCAGACAUAGCCAUAGACAGUUUGUGUCGUGGUGUGUUUGCGGGCGACUGCAGGAAGUUGAGCGUGCGCUCCUGUUUUCCGGUCCUCUACAACGCCGAGCAGAGACGAGGUUCCAUCAUACUGGGGAUGCUGCUGGGCUCAGGUCCAGGUCCGGUGGUCCCUCCUGGUCCCCUGGCUCAGAGGUCGGUCACAGAGUCCUGGGCUCAGUGGUCCCUGAUCAGAGGACUCCAGUCUCCAGAGUCCCUCACAGAGUUCCUGCAGCGGAGCGGGAGGGUUCAGCUCCACAGCGAGGCCGCCGUGACGAAGAUCAGACCGUCAGAGACCGGCUGGAAGAUCGAUUUGGAGGAUGGAGUCGUAUCAGCUGAUCACAUUAUCUCUGCACUACCUGCUAAAGCUCUGUCCUCAGCCCUCCCCCCCUCCUGUCAGCCAAUCAUCAAGCAGCUGCAGGACAUCUCCACGGUAACCGUCGCCGUGGUAAACCUGGAGUAUGAGGGCUCCAUCCUGCCUGUGACGGGCUUUGGUCACCUGGUUCCUUCCUCCGAGGAUCGAGGUCUGCUCGUCGUUUACGACUCUGUCCCCUUCCCCGAACACAACAGACCUGAAGGACACACAACCAGACUCACGGUGAUGAUGGGCGGAGCCUGGUUCCAGGAAGUGUUUGGGGACCCUGAGUCAGUAACCGAGGACGAUCUUUUGGCGAGGGCGACUGAGGGCGUACAGAAACACCUGGGAGUGACCUCAGCGCCGAGCUGGAGCCGGGUGGUCUUACAGAGGGACUGUAUCCCUCAGUACUACCUGGGACACUUUCAGAGAGUGGAGUCCAUACGCAGCUUCAUAAAGAAGAACAACCUGCCGCUGUCUCUGAUUGGCUCCUCCUACGACGGCGUGUCAGUGAAUGACGUCAUCUUUGGUGGACGGAACGCCGCCGAGGAGCUGCUGGGAAGUGUGGUUUGAUUCAUCUGAUGAAUGCUGGAUCAUCACUGCACCAGCUGUUUGUUUACAAAGAAAUUCACUAAAGCAUUUAAAAACAGAUUCAUGACCUCCGUCGUGUCAGACUGCAGCGUGAAGAGCCGACCGCUUCUUUGAUUCAUGAUCCGCAGUCACUAACUUCAGAUCUGCUUCAUCAGCUGUGAAUGUAAAGACAAUGGAGCUGCAGUGUUCAGUCCCUUUGUCUUCAGUGUCGCUGUGUAAAAUUAAUAUUGUUUUAUAAAGAGUAAUUUAAGUAAAAAAAACUGUUUCAAACAGA